AUGUCUGUUACGGAUAUGCAUUCCAAGCUUCAGGCACUUCAAAAUGCCUACCGGGAACACUGGACUCGUUUCAAUCUAACGCGUAUGUGGUUGGGUGCUUGUCUGAUGCUGUCCAGCGUCCUGUUCUGGUCUGUUUCAUGGUCCGGUCUGGCCUCAUUGUUGUGGAUCGGCCAGCUGAGUUGCACUGUGCUCGUCUUGUUCGAUUCACCUGGAUUCAACUGGAUGCAGAUUCCGUUCACGAUCUUAUGUUCUGUCAUCAUCUUGUUGAUGAUCGUUUGCUGGCUUCGGUUCCAAGCGGGACGAAUGGUACAGACCUGGUCGAUCACUUUUGUUCUGAUCCUCGCUCUGGUUCACUGGUCUAAUAGUUUCCUCGUCAAUGAGUUCCGCGUCACUCACUUUCUCAUCCAAACACUCAUACUGUGUAACCUAGUCCCUCUAAUAAAACGCACCGACGUCGGUGGUAGUUGGUCUGUGAAACGUGUCUUUGGUUUGAGCAUCCCCAUUCAGUCACUCUUUCUCCUGCUGAUCAUCCGAUUCAGUCUGGGCUUGGAAAUGUGCCGUGAGGAAUCGUAUGCACAAUCUGUUUGUCGAUCCGGUACCGAUCCAUGGCUGGUCAAACCGUUGGGAAAGCUCAGUCCAGCCGAGGCUUACUCAUUGGCUUUGUGGCGUGUGUUAUUUUCUGCGAGCAUUCUGACCGGUUUCACGUUUGGUCUACGUCGUUGGUUGCAACGUACUGGUUUGUUGAACCGAUGGAACGGGACCCGAUUUGCUGUGGAAGCACUAGUCCCAUUGGGGCUACUGGUGCUUAUUGUCUGUUGGAUUUUGGAUGUCGCGCCGGUCGCGUUGCAACAUUCCAAGAUUUUAUCAUUGCCCACGAUAUUUUUGUAA